ACCUCUCGACUGGAGCUUUGAGCUGGGUUUCUCUCGUUUUGAUCCGUGGCAGCUCGUUAGCCUUUAGCAUCAGCGGGUUGCUAACGCUGCAGGUGCUUGCAAACGGAGCGUAGCCGAUAACACGGACAACUGACUGUAGAUAUAGAAACACAGAGACUAUUGCAGGUGACAAAAGGCAUGUUUGGUGCUAGAAAGAAAUUUCCAGAGUUCGUCGAGGCCGUCGACAAUGACUUCCCAGAUGAAAUGUAUUACAGCCAGGGGUCGAUGUUCCCACAUCGAUCCGACAAAGAUAUACUGUCUUCUCCUUCACCGUCGUCUGGUCAGCUGUCACAGCUCGGUCCAAGUUUGUACGGUCCACAAAGUGCAAUCGGCUUCCCCGUUAGAAGCUUGGGAAACAGCACACCUCAGUUAAACCGAAAUCUCACGCAAGGGUCGCAGCUACCAAGUCAUAUCACCCCAACAACAGGCGUCCCCACCAUGUCACUCCAUACCCCGCCGUCGCCGAGCAGAGGCACGUUACCGAUGAGUUCCAGGAACAUACUAAAUCACUCUCAGGUUGGUCAAGGCAUCGGGCUGAGCAGCAGGACCAAUAGUAUGAGCAGCUCAGGACUCGGGAGCCCCAACCGCAGCUCACCUAGCAUCAUCUGUAUGCCCAAACAGCAGCCGUCACGCCAGCUGUGCACCAUAAGCAGCAUGUCAGGGUUUGGUAUGAACCGCAAUCAGGCGUUUGGGAUGAACAACGCGUUAGCAAGCAACAUCUUCAACGGCACAGAUGGGAGCGACAGCGUGAUGGGACUGGAUCUGUCAGACUUCCCCGCAUUAGCAGACAGGAGUCGACGGGAAGGGACGGGAAAUCCAACACCGGUGUCCAACCCGCUAGCUGGACGUGCUCCAUACGUUGGCAUGGUGACAAAGCCAUCAACUGAACAGACACAAGAUUUCUCCAUCCAUAACGAGGACUUUCCUGCGCUGCCUGGGUCGAACUAUAAGGACACCACACUGAACAACGACGACAGUAAAACUAACUUGAACUCCACAAACAAGAGCACGUCCAGCACAGAUGGGCCCAAGUUCCCCGGAGACAAGACGGCCUCCGCACAGAACAACAACCAGAAGAAAGGCAUCAAGGUGUUACCAGAUGGUCGGGUUACCAACAUUCCCUCAGGAAUGGUGACGGAUCAGUUUGGGAUGAUCGGUCUGCUGACGUUUAUACGAGCAGCGGAGACCGAUCCGGGGUUGGUCCAUCUGGCGCUAGGAAAUGACCUCACCACGCUGGGACUCAAUCUCAACUCACCAGAAAACUUGUACCCCAAGUUUGCCUCUCCCUGGGCCUCGUCACCAUGUCGACCUCAGGACAUCGACUUCCACGUUCCUUCGGAGUAUCUGACCAACAUUCAUAUAAGGGACAAGUUGGCGGCGAUUAAGUUGGCCCGGUAUGGUGAAGACCUGCUGUUCUACCUGUACUACAUGAAUGGUGGCGAUCUACUACAGAUCCUGGCAGCAGUAGAGCUCUUUAAUCGGGACUGGAGGUACCACAAAGAGGAGCGGGUUUGGAUAACAAGAGCACCCGGCAUGGAGCCCACACUCAAGACCAACACCUACGAGAGGGGCACCUACUACUUCUUUGAUUGUCUUAACUGGAGGAAAGUUGCCAAGGAAUUUCAUCUGGAAUACGACAAGCUAGAAGAGAGGCCUCACGUUCCGACGACGUUCAACUACAAUCCAGCCCAGCAGGCCUUCUGAGGCCCAAGCAGCUGUUCCUGCACACAGAGCUGACGCCCAGCACCGGCGCUGUGGUUUUUAUUCCUCCAGGAUUUGGCUGUUAGACUGCAGGGGUUGUGAUCACCAUUAAAGCUGUCCUGCCUUUCUGAACUUAAAUUCUACCCCAAAACACUUGUUCCGUUUUUAUUACUCUGUGUUUCAGGUUGUUUUGUUUUUUUUCCUUUCUCUUGUUUUGAGCAGGGUCUGUGUUUUGUUUACGUCUCUGAAUCAGAAGCCUGCGUCCUCUCGGCGAGGAGGACUAACUUUGUGGCACGGGACGGGGACAGAACAGAGGUUCCACCUCUUAUUUACAGCAAGUGUUAAGAACACAAGCAGGUGGAAAACAAGGCUGUUAGCAUUCUCAUACACAAGUGAAGGGGUGAAAGAAAUGCAAUGUUUAUUGUUGCACUAUAUUUAGUAAUAAAAGAACACAAAAUUUUUUGUGCUUUUUUAUAUGAACACUCCCCGAGUGUUUUUUCUUUCCCCUUCUUUCUGUAUUUCUUGAGUUUACGCAUCAUUCCCUCAUGCAGUCCUUUUAAUUCCAUCUUUUUUAGCCCUCUGUCUGUAUCCAUCGUUUCUCCAGCGUCUGUAUUUGCACUACCAAACAUUUUUCUGUUCCUUCUUUCUCCGUUCGUCUCCGUCUUUUGACUUCUGUGCCGACCAAACAAGGACAGAAAUACGAGAGUACAUUUGUGGAGGAUUUCUCGCCGCGGCUGAACUUUAACACCAACUUUGCUCAAGAGCAAACAAACACUUUCCAGUCUUUGUUACGAUUUUGUAAGAAAAGUGUACAUUUUUGUUCUUUGCAUCACACAAAUUAGUACAUGUAUGUAUGAAUGUGUAUAUAUGAUUGCUAUAUAUAUAUAUGUAUGUGUAUAUAUAUAUAUGACAUCUAUUUUGGAGAAAAAAAAAGCCCUGCCUUGUACCUCGGUUUUUUUAAUGAGAUGAACAUGGAAAAGAAAAUGUGGAUGUAACAGAAAUGUUCUGGAUCUGCUGCCGUUUGGCGCCAUACUUACCUAAAAAACUCCUUCAUGGAAAGGCCGACUUCUCAACAUUUGGCAAAAAAAAAAAAGUUAAAAGUAAAAGGGAUGCAUUUCAAUUUAACCUGAACAGACAUGAACGAGGACAUUUCAUAGGGAAAUGAUAAACUGGCAAUUUGCUAAAAAAAAGGAAAAAAUAAACCCAAUCUUGUAUUAUUUUAAGUGAAACGCUUCUUUUCUUUGUAUUAAAGCAGAACAGGCUUUCCUGAA